AGUCAUGGCCGCUGCUAGAGGCACCUUCGUGUUGGCUUGCCUGGCUCUAACGGCCGUAGUCUUGCCUGCAGCAGCGCUAUGUGACUAUGAAUAUGGCUCGUAUGACUAUUACGAGCAGAUUAUUCAUCCAGUCCAGCCUUGUCCGUCCAUGUGCAAGUGUAAUGUGUGCAGCUACCAUGUCGAGGUGAUCUGCGACGGUCGCAAUUUGACUGAAGUUCCAGUCAACAUUUCCGACUUCACCAGCCAGCUGACGAUGAAUAACAACCACAUUCCCGUUUUGAGCUACGACGUCUUUCCCGAGGAGAUGAGAAAACUCGACGACAACCACGGGUUGACUGCAUUCUUCACCCUGGAGAUGAGAAAUAGCUCGGUGACGGAAAUACGUGAGAACGCGUUUGCUGGGAUGCAGGAUCUGGAGUUGAUCGAUCUGAGCCAUAAUUCCAUCAGGGAAAUACACGAAGAUGCAUUCAGUGGCCUCCUGAACCUCCAGACACUGAAACUUGAUCACAACAGUCUACGCUACAUUCAUGUCACGACGUUUGAACGGCUUCCGCGUCUCACUAAAUUAUAUCUCAAUAAUAACAAGAUUGUUCACAUUUCCAAGAACUCGUUCUUGUUCAUGAACAACUUACAGGAACUACACUUGAAUGACAAUUUGAUGAUCCGAGUGGGAGAGGGAAUAUUUCACGGUCUCGAUUCGCUGUCUUUUUUGUACUUGUAUGGUAAUAAUAUUUCGUCAGCCUUGCCAGAAGUGUUUGAUGAUACUCUGCAACUGACAGUGCUAGAUUUGAGCUACAAUCAGUUGACGGAGACAUUCCUCACUACAGCGUUUACCAAGACGUCACGAGUAGCUCACUUGUCGUUGGCAUACAAUAACCUUUCCAUCUUGAAUGCAACGACUCUGAGACAUUUUCCGAAACUACGAGAAUUGGAUUUAACAGCGAACAAAAUAGCUCGCAUCGAUGACUUUGCUUUCCAAGGGAUGCAUGACCUCAGCACGCUUCGACUGAGCUUCAACCGGCUGUUUAUGAUAUCAGAAAACAUCUUCGACGAAUCAGUUAUGAAUCUCAAAGAAUUACACUUGGACAACCAGAAUAUGCCGAACACCAGCCAGCUGAGCUACAUCCACCCCAAAGCGUUUCGCCAUCUAGUAAAUCUCACCUCCCUGCAUCUGAAUCGUAACAAUCUGACUGAGUUUGACGAUGGUCUCUUCCUCAACUUGAAGAGUCUUGUCUAUCUGCAGUGCGAGUUCAAUCAGUUUCUUCACACAUUUCCGGUCUUUAUGGGAUCGUCUCGUGUUCAAAAGAUAUAUCUGCACAUGACAUCUAUACAAGUCAUUCCUGCUGAUCUAUGCACAUGGACUCCAAAUCUCAUCGAAUUGGAUGUCGCUGUAAGUAGUGUGAGAAAGGUAGCCGAUUUCCAUAAAUGCAAGGGACUGAUGCAUCUCUACUUGAGUGGCAACAUGAUUACAUCGCGUGAACUCGAAGGCAAGCUCACCGGAUUAUCCAACAUGAUGGACAUAACAUUGUACAGCAACAACUUGAAUGUAAUUACGAACACGACGUUUGAUGGAAUGAAGUCCUUAGAACUUCUUGACAUCCACAACAACCCGAUCUCCCACAUCUGGACAGGUGCAUUUGCCUCCUUUGAACACAUCCGCCAUCUCAACCUGAAAAACACACAAUUCAAGGAUCUCCCCACAGCCGGCCUCAAAACUGUCGAAGCGCUAAGCUUAUCCGGCAACACAGACAUGAUCGUCUUCCCUUCCAUCGAGCACUUUCCGAAACUGAAACGUGCGUUUCUCAACUACCCGUAUCACUGCUGCUUGUGGAAGGAGUUUAUGCCCAAGAAGCGAGCGGCACCGGACGAGGCGAAUAGCGAGAAUGUCCACGAGAGCGUCCAUAAAGUGCCGAUCGCGGACGAUGAAACGUUGAGAGAUGAUGGUUUCGUAGUCCAGCGUGGUGUGGUUAUGUAUGAUUACCCGACAAUCGGCGAUUACUACAGUUCGGGUGUUGUUUCGACUGUCGACUACGACGACAUCAACGAAGUCCACCCGACCGUUCCAUACGAACAACUACCGGUCCUUCAACGUGUCGUCGAGUGCACUCCAAUUCCGAACGCGCUGACGCCUUGCGUCGACCUCCUGGAGUACUGGUGGCUCCGUCUCUUCGUAUGGCUCUUCAUGCUCAUCGCGUUGGCCGCAAAUGCCGUCGUCUUCUUCAUCAUCAUGACAACGCGCAGUCGACAAGCGGCCGCUCAAACCGCGAGGUUCUUCGUCACAUUUCUCGCCAUCGCCGACUUCUCUCUCGGUCUCUACCUCGCGUUCAUUGCGUUCGUGGACAUUCUAACAACCGGGGAGUAUGCACGGCACGCACUCAAGUGGAAGGUCUCGACGAGUUGUAAAGCGUCCGGCUUCUUUGCUAUCUUUGGUAGCGUCUUGUCCAUCUGGACGCUGACGGCGAUCACUCUGGAUCGGCUUCUCGCGGUCACGUUCGCCGUGAGACGCUUCAAGAUCUCGAAGGGAAAAGCAUGGGCUGUUAUGGGAUUCGGCGUGAUGGCAGCGAUUGUGAUCGCUCUGUUGCCGCUUGUGGGAGUGAGUCGAUACACGAAUGUCGGAGUUUGUUUGCCGUUUGAUAUAUCAACGGCUGCGGCGAAGGUCUACGUGACGUUCCUCCUCAUCUUGCCACUCGUCGCCGUCCUCAUCAUCAGCUGCUCAUACUUCAAGCUCUACCGCAUGUAUAGCAACUCGAGCGCAUGGAACGCAAGCGAGACGCGCGUGGCGUUCCGCGUUGCCCUCCUUGUCUUCUUCAACUGUGCCUGCUGGGUGCCGAUCGCCGUCAUCGGAUUGUUAGUGAUCUACGGCAACCGAGACGAUAUCCUACAAACGUCGGUGCUCGACGGGAACGACUCUGGAAAGAUAUCGCUCUUCGUCGCCAAAGUCUUAGUCGCCAUAUUCUUCCCGAUCAACGCCGUCUUUGACCCAUUCUUCUACGCCAUCUCGACGCCAUACUUCCGUCGCGACAUCACAAACUUACUCAAGAAGAUCAAGACGAAGAUCCAGAAGAUCAACAUCGGACGGUCGUUCGUCUCCUCACGAAGUCGACGUCCGUCCGUCAGCUCGGGUCCGAAUCGUCCGAUUCCGAUGACGAGAGGCGUGGGCAUGAACAACCCACAGUGCGGCGGCUCGUCGAGUCCCGACUUGUCGUCACGUGUGAGGAGUUUUCCUAUCGGUCACAGCGUGCAGACACGGGAAACGAUGCUGAGUCCGAAUUCGAAGAACGCACGAAGCUCGGCAAGCACCAAUCAUCGCGUCGCAGAGAGCGUGUCUGUAGACUCGGCGUCGAGGAACGCACAGCCCAACAUGUCAGCGAGCGACACAUCGAACAGCAACUAUAACAUCCACGUUGUACAGACGACCGCCGACACUCACAACAACAGCAAUCAGUACCACCAACCAGUCGGCACACCGGACCUUCAAUGUUCGUUGACGGACAACACGAACCAAAAUCAACUCGUCUACAGCAACGAGUUGAAUCACGAUGCUGUGGCUCUCGAGUUACCGCAGAUCGCGCCGGUUCUGUUACCCAUAGACAUCGAUAGCGACUCACAGCAGGAUGCAUCUUUGUCGUCGUUGCCGCCUCGUCCUCGGACGGUUCAAUUCAAAAACAGUGUAGUGCGGAUGUGUGACGAACACGAUCCGGAUUUGUUGUAUAUGGCGCAGGAGACGUCAGUUUAGGUGCGUGUGAGUGUGCUUGCGUGUGUGUGUGUGUGUGUGUGUGUGUGUGUGUGUGUGUGUGUGUAUAAAGGAUCUAUUGUAGUUGGAGGGUUUUUACAUGUCGGUUGUCGACUAACCAUCAUGAUAUGGUGGAUUGAGCAUAUUGGCCUCAGACUAAAUUUAAAUCGGGUAUUGGUGUAUAAUUGAUAUCAACUAGUUUUUGUAAUAAUGUGUAUAAUAUGCUAGUCGUUAUAAAGAUAUGAUGCCAUGUAA